AUGAGGUGCUGUAAAAUAUUACUGAUAGUCUCCCUUAUUUCCGGAUUAGACUCAAAACCAGACGUUAUCGAACUUCCCGAUGGAAAAAUCCGAGGUCAUACAUUAAAGAGCGGUAAAGGAAAUUCCCUAUGCAGCCCCCCGAUAGGAAACAGAAGAUUUGCAGAACCGGAGGAACCCGAACCGUGGAAAGGAAUAUUAAACGCUACCAGAAAUACCAAAGUUUGCAUGCAAACUAAGCCUUCACCGGGAGGUAUAGAGACGACUGAGGAUUGCUUGUAUCUAAACGUUUACACUCCACUGAAAGGUACCGGUAAAAAACUCGAUUUGCUGCCGGUAAUGGUGUACGUACACGGUGGAGCGUUCCUCUACGAAGCAGGCGCCAUCCAAUAUUACGAUCCCAAAUAUCUAAUGGACUACGACAUAGUCGUAGUUACGAUAAACUAUCGUUUAGGAGUGUUCGGUUUUUUGGCCACGUAUGACGGAACGAUACCGGGAAAUCUCAGUUUGAAAGACCAACUGAUGGCGCUCCGUUGGGUGAACAAGAACAUCGCCAAAUUCGGCGGAGAUAAAAGUCGAGUGACGGUGAUGGGAAGCAGUUCGGGUGCCAUGUCGAUCUCUUAUUUACAACAAAAUCAAUUGGCAACCGAUUUGGUGAGGGGCUACAUCUUCGAUUGCGGUACUUCGUUUUCCACGGUGGCUUACCAGAACGAUCCGGACCGUUAUGCCUUCAAAUUGGCCAGAAUUCUGGAUAAAAACUUUACGUCUAACAGCACGCGAGAUCUGUUAGAAUUCCUACGCCAAAAGCCCGCUAAAGAUCUUCUAUACGGCCCUAUAUACAGUGAUACUUACAACGUAUCAGUAGCGGAAGGGAUUCCUUGGAUACCGUCUAUAGAGGAUAGUUCGUACAAAAAAGCUUUCAUAACUAAACCAAUGGUAGAAAGUUACAUGAAAGGUGAUUUUCAAAAAGCGCCCAUUUUAAUUGGAACCUCUUACAAAGAGAUCUUCGAUAUUACACCAGAACCGACUCUAUUCUUCGGUGAAGUUAAAAGAUACGAUAGUAGUUACAAGGAACUAAUUAAUCCAUUUCUAAACGUCUCCGAGGAAGAUCGAGAGCAGGCGGGAAAGGAAUAUAAAUUAAUUUAUACCGAUGGAAAAUUCGAAGAUGACAUUGACGCGUUCAUAUCAUUUGUAAGUGAAGAUGAACUCUCCACUCCGAUCAUUCACUACGCGACGCUGGUGUCUGAACAUGCCCCGGCGUAUUUUUGGCAAUUUUCGUACAGAGGAAUUAUGGGAGGCGGUUACCAAACUAUCCCAUAUGCCGGUCACGCUGAAAAUCUGUUCUAUACAGGGUGUUUCAUUGGGAAAGGGCAAUAUUUUAACCCUGUAUUGAGGUCACCCAGGGGAUUACAAAAAACCCAUAUACUAUGGGUCUUGCGUCCUUUAUAACCGAGUUACAGGGUGUUUUUUGAAUUUGGCCCAUUUCUUUCGACACCUAUAACUUUUGAAUCACUCAGUAUAUUUUUUUGAUAUUUGGCAUAGAUAUUCUAUACCUUUAGGACAAUUUAUUGCCACAUUAAAAAAUUACAAAAUCCAGGUCCGGAUUUAGAAAAAUUAAUAAAAUUUGACCGACCCUAAAACAACACCCUAUACAUCAUAUUUUUAAAAAUUGAAUUUCAAAUUCAGAAAGAGCAUAAAAAACUGAAUGUAUUCAUCAACUUUUUAUUUUCCCGCAUGCCGUUUUUCUACCAAAAUUUAAACGUUAAAAUGUACAUUAUGAGAUUUUUGGUCCAUGUAAAUUGUAAUUGAAGGGAUUUUAAUUAAUUUUUCUUUAAUAAAACCAGAUUUACUUAACACUUUCAUGAAAAUUCUCGAAAUAGACCUAUUGAACUUGAAUUAACAUUCACAUAAACCAAUAAAAAUUACAAUUACAGAUCCGCACUUAAUAAAAUUAAAAUGAUUUCAAUUCAUUUAAUAAUUAAUCAUUGAUUAAUCAAUGUUUACAUUUCUACGUGAGAAAAUUCAAAACUUAACUAUGUAAUUUAUUAGCUUCUUUACAAAAGAUACUAAAAGUACUCUUUUCAACACCACCAAGAGAUAGAACACAUUUACCUAGUAAGCACUUU